GGUAACUGGUCACCGCUGAGAGUGGCGUCCCGUUGCUGAAGACCUGCACCAAAGAAUGUGGAUAAACUCUCUGUAAGACUGCAGAAGCAUUAGUCCUACAUAAAAGAAUGGAGAUGCAGGAUCAGGAGUCUCUGGGGAGAUGGGACAGGCUGGGCAGCCGGGAUACCAGCUCCAGAACUGAUGCCAUGGAGUACAUCUGCCAGGAGGUUAUGAAGAAAGUAGAGACCAUCGGACCGAUAACAGCAUUGGUCCCCUCGCCUCCUGCCUCAGGAAGUCCUCCGAAAAGUGACCUGAAUGAUACUCUGGCUCAUCUUCUCAUGCUCUCCAAACGGUGUCCCUUUGAAGAUAUCAGAGAGCGAUGUGUCCAGCUUCUGCGAGAAGUCCAGGACUUGGGAGUAAGGAUCCCAAGACCUCUAGGUAACGGACCAAGCAGAUUUAUCCCAGAAAAAGAGAUUCUUCAAGUCAGUAAAGUGGACGCCAGGACGCAGUCGAUAUUUGAGGAUGCAUUUGCAGCCCUCGGUCGUCUCGACAACAUCUCCCUGGUGAUGGGCUUUCACCCUCAGUACUUGGAGAGCUUUCUCCGGACACAGCACUACCUGCUGCAGAUGGAUGGACCCCUGUCUUUGCACUACAGGCACUACAUUGGCAUCAUGGCGGCGGCGAGACAUCAGUGUUCCUACUUGGUCAACCUACACGUGAAUGACUUCCUCCAGGUAGGGGGAGAUCCAAAGUGGUUGAAUGGUUUGGAUGAAGCCCCACAGAAGCUGCAGCAACUCGGAGAGCUCAACAAAAUCUUGGCACACCGUCCUUGGCUUCUCACCAAGGAACACAUUGAGGGCCUUUUGAAGGCAGAGGAGCACAGCUGGUCCCUGGCAGAGCUGAUCCACGCCGUCGUCCUGCUCACACACUAUCACUCCCUUGCCUCCUUCACCUUCGGCUGUGGCAUCACACCGGAAAUCCACUGUGAAGGUGGACACACGUUCAGACCCCCCUCCCUUAGCCAGUACUGUGUGUGUGACAUCGCAAACGGCAACAGCCAUGCUAAUCACCAUGAAGAUAUGCUCGGCAACCAGGAAAUGUGUGGUGAGGUGGAGGUGCUGAUGGAGAGGAUGAAGCAGCUGCAGGAGUGCCGUGACGAUGAGGAGGCCAGCCAGGAAGAGAUGGCAACUCGCUUUGAGAGGGAGAAGACUGAGAGCAUGCUGGUGGUCACAGCUGAGGAUGAGGAGUGUUUCCCCUCCAGAGACAUCUCCCGCCACUUUGAGGACCCCAGUUAUGGCUACAAGGACUUCUCCAGGAGAGGGGAGCAUGUGCCCACAUUCAGAGCGCAGGACUACAGCUGGGAGGACCAUGGCUUCUCUCUGGUCAACAGACUAUAUCCUGAUGUUGGUCAGAUGCUGGACGAGAAGUUUCAAAUGGCCUACAAUCUGACAUAUAACACCAUGGCAACGCAUAAAGACGUGGACACCAGUAUGCUGCGCAGAGCCAUCUGGAACUACAUCCACUGCAUGUUUGGCAUUAGGUAUGACGACUACGAUUACGGGGAAAUAAAUCAACUUCUUGACCGCAGCUUUAAGAUCUAUAUUAAGACCAUGGUGUGCAGCCCUGAGAAGACCACCAAACGAAUGUAUGAGAGUUUUUGGAGGCAGUUUCAGCACUCCGAGAAGGUCCACGUUAAUCUGCUUCUUAUGGAAGCACGAAUGCAAGCAGAACUGUUAUACGCUCUGAGAGCGAUCACCCGCUACAUGACAUGAAGUGCUUUUGGCGUUUUUAUUGUUGUCCUUUGACUGUCAUUGUUGUUGCUUAUUAUGGGAGAAAAAAAAAUCAUUGGGGAUUGGGGGGGGGGGGGGGGUUCAGCAAAAAUUUGGGAAAAAGUCCUCCGUUGUGACGAUGCUUGUUGGUUGGAUGCGGAAAAGAGAAUCAGAACAAAUGGAAAUCAAGGAAAGUCAUCUCAAUCUACAAGUGGAUACACAUGCAGUGCCAGAACUGACCAAGAGAGGGCAGUCCGGAGCAAACUCCUGCCAUGCACAGGGUCUGUGCUGCGGGCCAAAGCAACACCGGGUACAUCUAGGAUUACAUUUCAGUAUUCCAGCGUGCAACACGUCUGUUGCCAAGCUCACCUUUAUUUUGUUAGAGCAAGAACCCAGAGAAAAUACCCCAAAAAGAAGGUGUGCAGCCAGAAACAGUCUGCACUUUGAUUCCUUCAUCACUGUUGUAUUUGUUUAGUUUCUUUAAUAACUCUUUAUUUCAUUUUGUAUCACAAGAAGUGGAUGUUGUCGAUGUGGUAACUGGAGAUGGUCGUGUUGACUGUAGGCAGUGUUUUUUUUUUUUUUGUUUUGUUUAAACGUGUGCCUGAACUAUCCAGCACAGUCUGCAUACGUGCUGAUGCUGCUGCUCCCAUGUUGUAUUUUAGUGGGAUCAUAUUGAUUCCCCCAAUCACCCCUUACCCAAUUCCCCACCAGUCCCUUUACUUAAGCCCCUGUCCAUUGGAAAUCCACUGCAUUAACCCCUCUCACCUUCAUGUCCUAUUCCCACAUCCCAAAUCUCAAACGUCAAUGUAAGCUAAUCCAAGGAGUGUGAAAACCAGAGAGAAAACCAGAGACGUUGGAAAAGAAAACUCAAACACUGAGCCCUUUUUGAGUUUGAUUGUACGUGUGUGAACGGAUUACGUGUUCAUAAUGAAUGAGGUGUGAAUGUUUGUGUGCGUUUCAAAGAAAUGGAGAAAAGUACAUCUUUGAAUUUCAUGUUAAAAAAAAAAAAAAAAAAAGCGAGGCACUUUGAAGGAUAGCCUUCUUGCUUCUGCUGUAGCUCUGUUAUUGUGAGAAAACUGUCUUUUGUUUAUGAUGUCUUUGUUGUUCUGGUGAUGGGGGGGAAAAAAAAAAAAAGCUAAACAAAAAGCGAGUUAGAAACCAGGUUUUCCAGGGGGGAUUUGCUUUCGGUUGCCCUAACCACACCGUAUGUCUUCCGCUUAUCCCAGCUACCUGGUUGCCCUAACACUUUUAAAGCUUUGGAUUGUGAAUUUUACCAGUAAAUGAAUACCUCUUCUGUUCUUUAUUAAACAUAUAAGUGCUCUUUGGUGAGCAGAGACUCUUUCUGGGCUGCCGUGUUCCCACUGUUUGUUUGGGGACCCGGCAGGCCCUCACAGGGCCGCCUGCGGUCGACAGCUUUCGAGCGCAAAAGGUUGUAGCUGUGCUUAUUUCCCUGCUGGGGAAGUCUAACCAGUGCAAAAGCAGCUUUUUUUAUCAUUUUGAGCUGAGGUACAAAACCUUAGCUAUUUUUUUUUUUUUUUACUAAAAUCAGUAAAGUACUGCAUUCUUCUGUGGGUGGACUGAGUAUCAGGUGAAUGAUAUCAGGAGUGAUAUCCAGAUGACGACGGGGAGGCGAAGGAGUGUUUUGAUGUUCAAAGAAUGGUACAAUUGGAAGUAGUUUGCGAGGAAGUGGAGUUUUUUUUUUCUCAAACUUCUGACUGAUGUCAGUUACUGACACUUUUUAUAUGAAAAUAUAUGAAAAAGAUGGAAAAAAAAUAAAACUAUAAUAUUCAAUUGUUGUGUAUUAUUCGUAGUUUUCUCCUAAAUGAAAUUCUAUUGCUUCAUCAAAGAGAUUGUAAUAGAUGUGGAGAGACCAACACAAUUUGGGACUCAAGCAGUGAAAAGCACAAUCUCGGUAUUGCCAUCAGCUCACUUUUACUGCUCAGUUGCACAAGAACAGGAAAAUUAAAUGACCCAUGCUAAUACGUGAGCAUAUCUAAGUGCUGUUAUGCAAAAAGUGACUUGUGGAAAGAUGGGGAGUUUUUAUUCUGUAAAAGUUUUGGUCCAAAGUACACUCAGCUAAUAAUAAAAAGGUUGAGUUCAUUAACAGUAAGCUGAGCUCAGGGGAAUGGUUCAGUUUGUUAUCAAUACAGUUCAGGGACUUUCAUGUGAAUUUAAUUUUACUGUAUGUACUUCAGAAAUGUAUGACCAUAUGGUCCUUCUUCUGUGGUGCGGUCAAAGUCUCUCUUUGUUCACAACCAUCAUUUUAACUUCCCAGCAGAGGCUGGUAAUCUGUACCUGAAUUUCAGGGUGUUUCCCACCAAGGCCACACAAGUAUAUCUGUCAGUUCACAAUCACCAGCAGGAACUUGGUGUUAUCCCUGUUAACCAAACUCUUGACAUACUGGUGGCUUUCUUACACAAUGUGCGGAAGAGGAAAGGUUUUUUCUUUUUAAAAAGCACUAUCAGUAUCAGCCAGCCAAAUUUCUUUCAUAUCAACCCUUAGAAAUUCUGUUUAGGGCAAUGUUUGUUUUUGGCUCUGGCUAAUCAGUUGUUUAGGGGUUUUUGAAACAUCUGCUUGUCUUGUGGUUGUUACAGGUCACUACUGCGUGAAAACAGAGUUUUAACGUUAAAUGCCGUUUCUGACUUGUUUCGAUGUAAUAACGAUGUGAUUUUUUGAAAUGCUGUACUUUGGCUACUUGGUGUAACUUGUAAGCACUGCCGGGCCCCAUAUCUGUGUAAUAAUAAAGGCUUGGAGAGGAAACAA